AUGGUGUGGCUGUGGACAGCGUUGGCUCUGGUGGCGGGGGUCGCGCUGCUAGUGACCAGGGUCUGGAGGUUCGUCCUGGGAGGUGGUGGCCAGAAUCUUACAGAGGACAUGAGGAGGCCUCCACGGACGCUGGUGUCAGAUGCAGAGGCUCAGAGGAGGAUCCUUAAGCAGGCUUUCUCCAUCAACUGGGUGCCAGACCAGCUGGAUGCAGUGGUGAUUGGUAGUGGCACUAGGGGCCUGGUAGUAGCAGCUGUCCUGGCCAAAACUAGGAAAUGAGUCCUGGUGCUGGAGCAACAUACCAAAGAAGGUGGCAAUAGUCACACUUUUAAUCAGAAUAGCCUGGAAUUUGACACAGGAAUCCACUAUGUAGGACAGGUGAAUGAGGGCCGCCUUAGUGGCAUUGUCCUGGACCAGGUCACAGAGGGGCAGCUGGACUGGGCUCCCUUGGACUCUCCCUUUGAUGUUGUGGUGCUGGAGGGACCCACCAGCAGAAGGGAGUUCCCCAUAUAUGCUGGGGAGAAAGCCUAUGUUCAGGGCCUCAAGGAAAAGUUUCCUCAUGAAGAAGCUGCCAUUGACAAGCACAUGAAGAUGGUGAAAGAGGUAGCAAAAGGAAUCCCUCAUGUGGCCCUGUUGAAGCUCAUCCCUUUGCCCGUGGUGAGGCUGCUGGACAGGUUGGGGGUGCUGGCCUUUUUCUCCCCCUUCUUGAGAAUAGCCACUCAGAGCUUAGUGGACAUGCUCAGCCAGCUGUCUGCCUCCCAGGACCUCAAAACUGUGCUCAGCUACAUCCAUCCCACCUAUGGUGUGUACCCAGAGAAUGCCAGUUUCUCUAUGCAUGCCAUAUUAAUCAACCACUUCCUGGAAGGGGCAUUUUAUCCAGGAGACGCCAGUGAAAUCCCUUUUCACAUUAUCUCAGUGAUUCAGCGGGCUGGGGGUGCAGUCCUUACCAGGGCAACAGUGGAGAGUGUGCUGCCAGAUUCUGCUGGAAGAGCUUGUGGUGUCAGUUUGAGGAAGGGUGAAGAAUUGGUCAAUGUUUUUUGUCCCACUGUGAUCUCCAAUGCAGCAAUAUUUAAUACCUACGAGCACUUAUUGCCUGAGAGAGGCCACUGUUUGCCAGGUGUACAGACCCAGCUGGGCAUGGUGCAGCACAGUCUGUCUACACUUUGUAUUUUCAUCUGCCUCCAGGGCUCCAAGAGUGACCUGGGUCUGGAAGCCAAGAACUACUUUGUCUACUUUGACACAGAUGUGGACAAAGUGAUGGAGAGAUACCUGUCCCUAUCCAGGGACCAAGCUGUGGAACACAUUCCCUUUUUCUACAUCACAUCAGCAUCAGCCAAAAAACCAGCAUAGGAGGACAGGUUCCCAGACCAAUCAACACUGAUGAUGAUGUUGCCUGCCCUCUAUAAGUGGUUUGGGGAAUGGCAGGAUGAGCCCCAGGGCAAGAGAGGGAGUGACUACGAAGCCCUGAAGAACUCCUUCCUAGAUGCUUCCAUGUCUGUUUUAAUGAAACUGCACCCUCAGUUGGAUGGAAAGGUAGAGAGCAUAUCGGCAGGGUGUCCACUCACUCAAAACUUCUGCCUGGCCGCCUCCCAUGGACAAACCUAUGGGACUGACCAUAACCUCAGACGUCUACAACCCCAUGUAAUGGUUACAAUUCGGGCCCAGAGCCCCAUCCCAAAUCUCUGCCUAACAGGACAGGAUGUGUUCACCUGUGGUUUGUUCGGGGCCCUACAUGGGGCCCUGUUGUGCAGCGGCACCAUCCUGCAGAGGAAUGUGCAUCUGGACCUCCUGCAGCUGCAGUCUCGCGUUUCUGCUGCCCUGCCCAAGAGAAUGAAUUAG